AUGGCAGAGGCUCAAUUGACAAAUCAAUUAACACGUAUUGAUUCAAUGACAAACGUUGAAUUACGCGCUGAGUUAAAACGACGUGGUUGCCCAACAUCAGGCAAUAAAAAAGAUUUGGUAGCUAAAUUACGUGUUGCUUUACAAAAAGAAUAUGAACAAGCAGGUAUAUCAUCUCCAAUCAAGAAUCAAGCCAAUUUUGAUGGAAGAAAUGAUAAUCUUUCUGGUUUACAACAAUCACCUGUUGGACGAAUUAGUGGUAAUAGACCGUCAUUAGAUACUUCAACAACAUCAUCAAAUACUUAUAUGACACCACACAGUGGUAGUCCAAUUGUAUAUUCUGAGCAUGUGCAUAGUGGAGAGGUACCAUUAACAUAUACGAAUUUACAAAUUCAUGAUCAAACCUCUGGACAAUAUCCAUCGGUAUAUAACUUGAAAAUGCAACAAAAUAUUCAUCAAGCACCAGCUCCAAUGAUUCCUGUUCCUCAACAAUUAACAAUAUCAUCUGCGGAAAGAUCUCAGAUGUAUGAUCAAUCUAUUUUACAUAAUGAACAAAGAGAACAAGAAAUUUCAUAUAUGCAAACACGUCAAAAACGAACGAGUGCUGAUAAUUCAAUAGAUACAUCUAUGUCUUCUUCAACUAUUCCUCAAACAACACCAGAGAGAAGAACACGAACACGAAGUAAAAAAGUCUCUGUUGAUUCUCAACAGAUUGAAAUUCCACAACAACUUCCACCAAUGGAAAAUAUUCCGACUGAAGUUCUACGAGUGGAAAAUGUUCCGAUUGAAGUUUCACCAAUGGAAACCGUUCCGAUUGAAGUUCCACCAAUGGAAACUAUUCCGAUUGAAGUUCCACGAGUGGCAAAUGUUCCGAUUGAAGUUCCACCAAUGGAAAUUAUUCCAACUGAAGUUAUUCAUCCAACACCGAUACAACCAACGAUUAACUACGAACAAGUUGUUAACAACACUUCAUCAACAAAUGAUAAUAUUGGCAACAAUAUCGAGGUGAAUCCCAUUGUGAGUAAGAAUAGUGAGGAAGAAAAUAAAGAUAGAGAAAAUAUAAGAGAAGAACGAGAAGAUUCUCGUUCACCAUCUGUAGGCAGUAGUAGUGCCAAAUCUGAGUCUGUUAUUAAAGAAAUUCCGUUGUCCGGUGAAAGACAUCGUUUGAGUCGAUCGAAAUCACCUAAAUCACGUUGGCAUCAUUCGCCUUCACCACAAGAACAGAUGCAUCAACCAGCAACGAUUGAAGAAGAGCCAAACUCGGUGAUAACACCUACAAAUGAUGACAACAAUACGACUAAUGAGCAUGAUGAAAAGUCAUCAAUAGCGGUACCAACAAUCACCGAGGAAACCAAUAAUUUCAGUGCAAAUGAAAAAAAUCAAGACAACCAGGAUACUCAGACGAAAGAUGAAUCAUCUGCAUUCGGUAAUCAACAACCAGAAACGGCUGCACCUCAGCAGCAGCUAAAACCUAGUCGAUCGCAAACAUCAACAUUAUCAUCUUCAUCAUCAUCAUUAAUGAAAGGUCUCAAUCGAUCGACAAUAAACAAUCGAGUAAAUUUAUCAUCCGAUGUUCUCAAAACACUCAUUCCAAAUAUAAGUCUAGCACCUGAAUCUAUUAUUAAUGAUGAACUUGAAGCAUCAAUGAAUGAACAAGAUCAUGGUGACGAUAUUGAACAUUCACCAAAUCAGUCAGUACUUGAAACCAGUGUUGCUACUGGUUUUCGUUUAUCUGAUUCUAUGACUAUCGGCGAAUUAGCUGAUCAAAAACAACAACGUAAUAGAACUGUUGUUAUUGAUGUUGCUGUUGAUUCUUCAUCGUUAAACGAUGAUCUUAUCGGUAAUAAUGUAGAUAGUCGGAAGAAAACUCAAACACCGGCACCACCUAUGCGUAUUGCUUCAUUUGAAUCAAAAACAUUACUCGAUGGAAAAACUAACGCUCUGAUGAUUGAUGAACCAGUACGUGUAAAGGAUGCUACAGCAACACUUGAACCGCUUAGCCGAAUUCUAUACAUUCGUGGUCUUACUCGUCCAUUUACUCUUCCAUUAUUAAAAGAACUUCUUAGUCGUUAUGGUAAAUUAGUUGAUGGUGAAUUUUGGCUUGAUAAAAUAAAAAGUCAAUGUUUUGUAAUAUAUAACACACUUGAAGAAGCACAAAAUGCUCGUGAAGGUCUAGAUGGCUGUCGAUGGCCAUCAACAAAUCCCAAAACACUAUCUGUUCGAUUUGGUCGACAAGAUGAAUUUGAAUUCAGCAAAACACAUGAUUUACCACCUGAUCAGAUGUCUAUUGAUGCAAUGGAUAUCACAAAUAGCCGUCUUGUACAAGAAAAACCAACGUCUAUUAAUAAAAAUUCAGGAUCAGCACGGCGAUCGGCUAGUCCAAUUGAUGAAACAAAAGCAAACAAAAAACUUCGUACAACUGGUAAUACUGAUAUGAGAGAAUGGGAUUUACCGAAAUUUCAAGAAGACAAAGAAAAAUCACCAAAAGAGCGUAACGUUAUCGAAGAACCAAAAGUUACAGUCAAUGAGCCACCAGCAAAAGGACUUGAUGAUUAUUUCCGUAAAACAAAAGCAAAACCACCUAUCUAUUGGUUACCAUUAACCGAAGAACAAAUUGUUGAACGAGCUCUUCAACAACAACAACGUAAUGCUGCACGCGAUGAAGAACAAAAAAAACGAGAACUUGAAGAAUCGGCACGUACAUCAAACAACAGCAAGGAUUCAAAACCUCGUACAAAUAAUAAUGAUAAUAAAUCGUCAAAUCGUACUUAUCGUCGAUCACCAUCACCUAGAGAGAAACGUAGACGUGUUUCAUUGAGUCCAUCGUCACGUCCACGAGAUAAUAAACGGCAUUAG